AUGGCGUUCCACCCCGAGUUCCAGACCAACGGCAAGCUGUACGUUAACGCCGCCGUCAACCACACCGGGCCGGCGCCGACGGUGGACUCGCGCGUCUCGCCGUUCAAGACGGUGGUCCGCGAGUACACGGUCGACGUGAACAACCCCGCGCUGCCGGUCACCGGUUCGCGCACCAUCCUCACGCUCGAUCAACCCGCCGCCAACCACAACGGCAGCUGGAUCGGCUUCAACCCACAGGAAAGCGCGCAGGGGAUUCACAACCUCUACAUCACCCAAGGCGACGGCGGCGAUCAGCACGACCCUUUCAACUACGCGCAGAACCCCAACAACUGGUACGGGACCGUGAUGCGGGUCGAUGUCGACGGCGACGACUUCGCCGGCGACGCCGACAAGAACUACGCGAUCCCCGCCGACAACCCGUAUGCCGACGGCGUGGACGGCGCGCCGGAGGUCUGGGCCUGGGGCUUGCGCAACCCCUGGCGGGCGAGCUUCGACUCCGCGAACGGCGACAUGUACAUCGGCGAUGUCGGGCAAGGCUGGUACGAGGAAGUGAACCUCAUCCCCGCCGGCACGAGCGGGCAGAACUUCGGCUGGCGCCUCCGCGAAGGACCGGUGGCGACGCCGACCGGCGGCGUCGGCGGGCCGUCACGCUCGGCAGUCGACCCGAUCUACGCUUACUUGCACUUCGGCCGGCCCGGCGCCAACCCCGACUUCGCCGGCAACUCGGUGACCGGCGGCGUCCUCUACCGCGGCCCGAUCCAAGAACUCGACGGCCGCUACAUCUUCGCCGACAACGUCUUCGGUCAGAUCUGGUCUUUCGACCCAGCCAACCCGCUCGGCACCGUGCAGAACAUGAACUCGCUCUUCACGCCCGACGAGGGGCAGAUCUUUGGCGUUACUUCCUUCGACCUCGACGAGAACGGCAACCUCCUGAUCGUUGAUGGCGCCGGCGGGCUCUACACGUUGCUAGCGAACGCGGCGCUGACGCUCACCGUCAAUCGUGAGACGGGCGAGAUGACCUUCAACAACUUCACGGACGGCUCGAUCGAUGCGACCGGCGAUUGGCAAAUCCUCUCCGGUCCCAGCGACCCGUUCGUGUUCGAAGAAGGCGCGAUCGGCGCCGCCCCCACCUUCGCCGAUCAACAGGGCUUCCAACUCAGCGCGGCGGGAGGCUGGAUUCCGUCGCCGAACGAGGACUUGGUGCUUACUGUGACGCUCGGCGACGGGACCGUCGUCCCGGCGUCUGUCGAGUACAUCGGCAACGAUGGCGUUCCCUACGUCGCGGGCGACAUCGACUUCGACGGCGAGGUCUCCUUCAGUGACUGGGUGGUGUUCAAUGACAAUCACCUGACCGACAUCGCCGGAAUGAGCCCCGCCGCAAGCUACGGCCACGGCGACUUAGACGGCGACGGCGACAACGAUUUCGACGACUUCCGCCUGUUCCAGCAGCUUUUCGAUUCGGCCAACGGGGCCGGCGCAUUCGCCAAGGCUAUCGGAGCUGUCCCGGAACCGAGUUCAUUGCUGAUCGGAUCGGUCGCAAUCCUGGCCGUUGUCUCGCGACCACAGCGACGCGUUUCCGUUGACGGCCUGUUGGCCUAG